CGGACCAAACUCACGAUAUAAACUGGCGGACCGUUCCCGUCACGACGACAAGCAAGUACACGAGUAUUCAGAUUUGACACGUUUCUCAGCAAAAACCUUCAGAAAUCUUCUCAUAAGAUCGUCGCUCUGACGCACUAUUGCCUUGUUUACUUCCCGUCUUCUCACCAUGAAGUUGAACCGCUUCGUCAUCCUGUCCCUGGUGGACAUUUGCAUGGCCCAGAGGUGGAAGCUCGACAGAGGCUGCGACCAUUGGGGGGCGGCCAACAAGGAAAAGCUCAAGGUCGCUUUCAGAGAGGCUGUCACGAUGGCCGGAACGGCGCUUGAUGUCUUGAACAAGAACCCUGGGGACCAAAAGGUCCAGAAAAUGGUCAAACACAUCUUUGGCGACGAUGAGAAGCUUGUCAAGGAGGCGAAAGAGAUUCUUGGGGGCGUGAAGAAAUACGACGACCAGCCGAAUCCAUACUUUGAUGCACCGUUUUGGAGGAACACCGACCUCAUUGUCUACUGCGAUCCGUCCAACUACGAGGAACACCCAGACAAAUCCACCCAUAAGCUCUUUAACCUGGACCUCCCAAAGGGCUCGCCGCACAAGAAACAACAUGACGUGUGCUUUGCUGCCAACCCGCAAAGGGACGGCAACCUCGUCAUGGCCAUCACCCUUCGUUCUGAAGGGGUAGACCGUAAGAAGUACAACGCCGCUAUCGACGAGUGGAAGAAGAAGGGAAGCAAAGGCACGGCCCCAGACGAGCGUGCCUAUAUUGUCUCGCGGGAGGACAUCCCAAAUACAAUGGACCUCUGCACGUGGUACUUGAGGGAUGUAUUCAACACCAACGCCGGCUUUGUUACCGUAGACGACGCUAGCAUCGCCAAAGUCCAACAGAAGAGCUUCCUGGACACAAUUCCCAAGGCCGAAAGGGCCGUCGACCAGUUGGUCCAAUCCCUGGCAGGGACGUUUCUGCACGAGCUGACCCAUACGUACUUGGGAGGUCGAACGUUUGACUACUCCUACGGCUGGGUCAAUAGUGGUAAACAUCACCCUCGCAACAAUGCGGACUCGAUGGCUCAGCUGGGCGUUGCUAUGCAUCUGUUCAAGAAGGGAUAUUGGGUCGAUGACGACGGCAAUGUCAAGAAGAUCCAGAAGUAAGUGCGUCGCCGGCCGACCAAAGGGGAAGAGAGGAAGAUGGCGAAAGGAUUGGAUUCCAUGGUUAUGCUGGAACGGAGUUGAGUUGCGACAUUAGAAUGGAUUGGAGUUGA